CUGGCUGAACAGGUUCAGAGGAAAGCAGCAGCCAUGGCGUCUGUUUCGUACUCAGAGGAACUGACUUGUUCUGUCUGUCUGACCAUCUUCACCGAUCCAGUCAACCUUCCCUGUGGACACUCCUUCUGCAGGCAGUGUAUUUCAGAAGUGCUGGCCACACAGCAGCACUGUCCAGUGUGUGGGACAGCUGUAGCACUGGAGGCAGCAAAUCUCCCAACAAGCAUUGUUCUGAAGAGCCUGGCCGAGAAAGCCAAGGCAAAGCCGGACAAAGGGAAACAACCGACAGCAGAGUUGGCUGCAGUCUGUCCUGAACAUGAGGAAAAGCUGAAGUUAUUCUGCAUCACAGACCAGCAGCUAGUUUGCAUCAUAUGCAGAGAUGAUGAGGAGCAUGAAGGUCACCAGUUUAAACCAGUCAAAGAAGCUGCUGCAUCCCUCAGAAAACAGCUGGAGAUGUUUGAACAAUGCACUGCCGACGAUAUUCACGCUGUAGAAAGUCUUGCUGAUGCACAAAAGGACGAAAUGUUUAAAACCAGAGAGAGAUCUCAGCAGCUGCUGACUCGGAUCAGCAAACAGUUUGAGGAGAUGCAUCAGUUUCUGAAGAGGAGAGAAAAUGAGAUAAAGAGAGAGCUGAAGCACAAGGAGGAAGACAACGUUGAUAAAAUGAGAGAGACUUUCCAAGCUACAGCUGUGGCUUUGUCUGAGAGCAGAGAGCUGAAGGAAAAAGUCUCUUCGGUUCUGAAAAUCACAGAAUCAGAGAGCUUCUUAAAGAGCUGGACAGAGGGGAAGAGAAAGGGGGCGCUAAAGCACCUGUUCAGGCCCAGAGUGAAUGAACUCCAAGUGGUGGAUUCUUCUCUCUCACUGGGGCCGUAUGAGAGCCACCUGCAGUUCUUCAUGUGGAAGGAGAUGCUUCAGGUGAUCCAGCCCCGGGCAGAGCUGCUGAGGCUGAAGAGCAACAGUCAGGAUGUGGUCGUGUCUGAUGAUGGCAGAAGUUUGUUCUGUAGACCCAAAACACACCAAGCCUUUGGAACUGGUUUUGGGAUGCAACAUGACUCUUUUUUUGGAGCUCCACCCAGUCAUUCAUUUGGUACAGCUACUUACUACAGCUCAAACCCUUCUGGCACUAAAGCCACAGAAGACUUAGAAUCUGCCUCCAGUGUCAGUGAGUUCGGAGCCGGGCAGCAUUACUGGGAAAUUGAGGUCGGCAGCAGAAACUAUUGGGAGCUGGGAGUGAUACACAAUCUCCUGAAAUAUGAUGGAGUAAAAUACACCUGCUGUGGCCCAAAUGUCACCACAGAGCUGGAGUUUAGAAACAGACCCAAAAAGAUUGGGGUUUACUUUAACUUCUCUUCUAAAGAGCUCUCCUUCUACGACGCAGACACCAUGACACACAUCCACUCAGUGAGCGCCGUCUUUGUGACCACGCCAGUGUCCGCACAGAUUAACAUCCAACACAAGCAGCCGGAUCACAGUCCUGUGACUGUCUGCUGGUACUGAGCAGUGCUGCAGUCCAACAGGAAUCACUGGAUGUUGAGCUCACAGAACAGCUGAAAAGUACAGAACUGGAUAAAAUAUGACCUGGACUUAUACAAACUUUGUUUGUUGUGAAAUAUUCUCAUAUAGAAAGUAGGGGUAUUUGAGAUCUGCUUGUAAAAACUAUUUUCCCACAGCCAUCUAUACUUGUCUCAAUAGAUGUGUACUGUACAGACAGGCUUUUGUAAAUAAUGCGAUAGAAAAUGUGUCAGAUGUAUUUGAUUCUUACUCAAAUUUGGAGAGAGAAAAUAUAAGACGAUUGUCUUCUCAAUCUAAGAGUCAGUUGAAAUGGUUUUUAUGUAUUUUGUUAUUUCAUCUUCAAUGCAGCAUUUUAUUGUUAACACCUGACAAAAAAAGUAAUCUGAGCUUCAGGCUAAAUUUAUUAUCUGUUAACCUCUUACACCCUAAGGGGUAUAAAUAAAUUUCCGCCUGACAAAAACACACAAAAGUAAAUCACUUAUAGCCUCACAGCUAUUAGAUUUAAUAAGAAACUUUUUGUACCUCUGUAAAGGUAAGAUGUCAUAGAAUGGUUUUCUGGUGUCAGCACCAUUGUAGCUUUGACCCUGCCUGAAAUAUUAGGGACAAAAUACAAAAUAUUUUGCAUUUUUUUAACCUCGCCAAAAUUUUCUUUGAAAUAAACAUUGAAAACACUACCAAAAUAGUAUUUGUAACACAAAAAAGUAGUACAGACUUUUAAAUCUAAAUGUUGUGUAAAAGUAUACCAAAUUUGGACUCAAUCAGAUGAAUCAUAUUUAUUUUAGAAUGGUAUUAGUGAGAAAUUUCUUAGGCGGAGAGGCCAUUUUGGCACAUUUAUCCAAAAUGUCACCAAACUGUGCCAAAUGUGUUUUUUACAUCAAUACUGGGGGUUUGUUAAAAUUAAAUAGCUUAUUACCAUCUAAUGACACUUUCUACAUUUAAUAUAACCAUUGGUCAUGACAUUUACCCCAUUUAUAUGCAAAAUGUACCAUUAUGCACAGUGUAAUAUGUAUAAUAAUGAUGACCUGAAAGCUCUUUCUUUGACUCCAAAUAGAAAACUUUUAUUGAAACAAGAUAAAACAGUCAAAAAUACUUUUUGAAUAAUUUAAAAGAGCAAAUAAACAAUUUUGAAAAUCCACCACCACCAUCACCACCAAAAAAAUGGACAUCUUACCUCAAAGAAGGUGAAGAAUCAUGAGAGGUGGGGGGAGGUUCAGCGUCACCCGAGCUUGAUGGUUCGGCUUCCACUCGACUAUAAAUAAAAAUAAAGUAUUUGAAGAAUUAGAGGUUUAUUACAAAGUAAUGAACCAAAGUAAACAUGAAAUCCUUACUAGUAAAAUAAAACAUAUUUUAGUAAAACAUAAAUAAACAAAUAACCACGUGGUUUUACUUCCUGCCGUUAUUACAAGCAUAUAAUCACUGAAAUAAAUAAAUAAAUAGAACCAAAACAUCAAAUAUAUUGUGUGAAAUUGCGGGGGGAAACUUACACAACACCGAGAUCAAGUCUGUCUGCUGUGUCCGGCUCUUCCUCUUCCUCCUCGUCCGAAUCCCACCAGCUAUCAGAAGAUUUAGCUCCACUCGUAGCAAAUCGAAAAACCGUUGUUGUUCAAAAGCCUUCAAAAGCCUCUAAAUCGUCCAGUUUCUGCUGCUAUGAUCGAUUUAUCAUAAAAAAAUCAAAACUGAACUCACGGAACCGAGAUAACUCCACGUGCUCAGACUCCCGUGUACCACACGUGCUUAUGCACGGAGAGCCACGGAGAGCGCAGCGAGAACGCAGCGAGAACGCAUAAAUUACGCACACAUUUAGAUCGGGUUCCGGAAAAUACCUCAUGAUUUUGCGUAGCCGACAUCUUGUGCCAUACUCUGAGAGUCUUUCCACUCUCACGUGAAGCCAUAAAAUGGCCGUGAUGAUCAGCUGAUCGGGGGUUUUCCAGGCAGUUGCGUMAUCGCCCGAGGACCUUUAAAUCUCAUCAGCUGUUUUUAAAUAGCUCUAAAAUCUUAACAUUUUGGGCMAAACCUUUAUGCGGAAUAGUUUUUGAAAGAUUAAAGCCUCUUUUAGCGGAUAAUAAWAAAAAAAAAAAUUUAAAGGCACACGGAGCCUUUGUUUACAGAGCGAGUCGAGGUCACAUGGCAGCUGUACCCAUCGUUGGGUCCGUCGGGCUUCUGCAUUGUAUAUAUAUUUUUCUUACAUGAAGUUUUUAUAAGCAGCAUGAAGUUUUUUUUCUGCUCUCAUGAUUAUUGCUAGAACAUUUUUUCCCCAUAUGCCUUCAAUAUGUUUGAGAUUACAAAAGGAAAAUUGAUUACUAAAGAGUGUGUUUUUAAUGGAGUCAUGAUGUAAUUCUACCAAAAAAAUGAAAAAAUACAGUUUGAAACGGAAUAGAAAUAAAAGGUUUGAUGUACAUUUUUUAUAACUUGAUGAGAUUUUGUCUCACUUGGAUACGGAGUUUAGCUAAGUGUAUUUGUCUUGAUGUAUAAAACUCAUUUGACAUUGAGGCAAACAUAAUGUCUUAAAAGAAAAUGUUUGAACUUUCUCUGAACAUGCUCUGUGUUUUCUUCUCUGUCACAAAUGAAUAAACUUCCUCACAUGCUUGG